UCAAAACAUGAGGUCAUAUGCUGCGAACCAUUGGGGGCUUAUUAGGGUUGCCGAGAUGUAGAUGCUUAUGGAGAUGUGCAGCGGUGCAUCAUGAUGAACUAAGAUUCCAUUUUGAGAAACCCGAUUCUGUAAGGAUACUUAGCAGCGAACUCAAUAUGGAUCGAAAAUUUAGUAUGUUCAAUGGAAAUAAUGAUGAAAAUAAAGAAUCACUGGAUAGUUCGGAAUGCAUACAAAUGGUACGGCUGUGUUCGGAAUUGCAUCUACAAUGCAGAACGUACCUCACAAUUAUUCGAACUAAUCUCGAAAUAGAUGAUGAAAAUACCGAAAGUUCUCAGUCGGAAAGCGAUAUCGUUUGUGCUUUAAAAAAACUUCAUGCUCUGUUGAACUCGGGCUUUUCUUCAAGGAUUAAAUAUUUGUAUUCGAUAGCAGGUGAUUAUGAUUUCGGCUCUUUGCGGGCGAAUGGCAUCCGAAGCUUUUUGGCCAUCACUACUAGAUGCUCUGCUGUUCUGCUGAUGUACAUUCGCCAAAUGAGUUCAUAUUCCCUCUCCAACUGGUCUGGUAUAACACAUAAAAGUGUGAUAGCAUACAUCAAUUGCCUUAUGGAGCUCAGCCUGUGUCUUGAAGUUCUUAGUUAUCUACCACGUUUCACUAAACCUUGUACGCUUUUCCCUCGAUCUGAGUUCGUCGAUUUGCCGGAAAUUGGACAUUGUGAUGUAAGCAGUUUUGAUGAUAAACCGACAAAUAUUACCGAUGCAUAUUCUACUGUCAAAUCAAAACAGUAUCAAGAAGAUCUUUCAGAGUUCUACCGACUAGAAGUCCUAUCAGACAGUAUAAAACAAGAAUAUUUUUAUGGUCGUUGUCUAGCCUUUUACUUAUGCCCUAGUGCUCAGAGAAUUUUGCUGUUCCUCAAUUCGUUUAUGGCGGGAUAUGGUAAUAGCUUUUUGACUAGCAAACAAGGAAUUGUCAGCUUAGUCAACACAGUUUAUCGGUCCGUUACUUCUUACUUAUCCCCUGAAGACCGCGGCAAGAUGCUGGCAAAGCUUACACGAAAUUCCAGUGUUCAAUUUUGUAAAGCGUUUUGGAAUUUAGCAGAAUUACGUGUAGUAUCUGAAGCCCCCAAUGUAAUUCUACCUUCCAUGGCUGUAGCUCGCUCUUUUAAAUUACAAACAAAAUCGCUAAAAAUACCUCUAGAUAUGAAUAUUCGAGAAAACGGAAGUGAAUUCAUUGUAAUAGAACCACCAAAAUCACAUUUUGGCACUGCUCCACUAGGAAUGCGUAUAUUAUGUCGUCAUCUUAGAUCUGGUUUAGAAUGGACUCGGACGUCUGAAUCUCCUAAAUUUUUUGAAUCACCUAACUGUAUAAAUCAAUCAAAUCAUCACUUAAGCAGAAAUUCAGUAUCACCAUUACUAUCGUACAAUUCACGAUUCUUCCCAUCCAACGAUUCAUCAUCUGUUGUUCUAUCAAGUUCAAAUGAUCGUCGUUAUUCGUACGAAAGUUUUAAAUUUUCAAAUACUUCAACUGAUAAUAAUACAAAUAAAUCACCUUAUGUAUUGUUUUAUGUACACGGUGGUGGAUUUAUUGCUUUAACAUCUCAGUCACAGGAUAACUUUUUACGUAUAUGGGCUGAACAGUUGAACUGUCCAAUUAUAGCUGUUGAUUAUUCACUUUCACCUGAAGCACCUUAUCCACGUGCAUUAGAAGAAUGUUAUUAUGCCUAUUGUUGGAUAACAUUAAAUCGUGAAAAAUUAGGUUGUACAUCAGAUGCGAAAAUUGUUCUUGCUGGUGAUUCUGCUGGUGGGAAUCUGGCACUGGGUGUUUGUAUGCGCGCUGUACGAGAUGGCUUACUUAAUAAACCAAGUGGGAUAUUUUUGGCUUAUACGCCUGUAUUGGUUUCUUUUACACCAUCUCCUUCAAGAUUAUUAUCACUUUGUGAUCCCUUGCUUCCUAUUGGUGUUCUUGCUAAGUGUUUAUUGGCUUAUGCUGGUAUAGACGAAGCAACAUUGGAUUCUGAUGAACUUGAUGAUGAUUUCGAAGUUGAUAAAAAUCCUUCAAACUUAACAACUGAACAAAAUUCCCCAAUAUGGUCUCGAUUAUUUUCAACACUUUGGUCUAAUCCAUCGAAAUUAGAUUUAAAUAGUUCUAAAGAGUUAAAAAUUGGACAUUUACGUCGAUAUUCAAACAUAACAAUGUCUCCUUUAUAUGAUGCUUAUUUGCAAAAUCCAAAAGAUCAAUCUGUGCCGUCUAAUUUAUGUCGGUUAAGUGAAAAAUCUCACUCCUCACAUAAAUCCCCAAAGUUGAAUAAAUCAGGUUCGUUAUUUUGUAUCUAUCGUUUACAUUCUGUCUAACGUGUCAUUUAGUGUACUAAAUAUUAAAAAAUACUGUGGUUUCUUCUAAAACUCUGUUCUGGUGAAGUUGAUAACAUUUAAUGUAAGAUGGCGUUUAGAGGUAGUCGGUAGGAAGUCCUGAACCUUGGUUUAGUUCUGUUUGACACUUGUCAGCAAGGCGUAUACGUAGUCUUCAGAGAAAUGAAACUCUUGCAGAUUUAGUCAUGUAUCAAUCAGCUUCAUAGUCGGAGUUAUUUAUUUAUUUAUUUGAACACAUGAAUAUUGGUACAAGAGAGCGCCAAUAUAUAUGCGCCACACAUGGUCGGAGGCGUUACCACUGAGUUAUUAGAGUCACAACUGAGCUUCCUUACGACCAAGAUAUGCUUACAAUUGAUUGACCACUGGAUAGUGACCAAAGUCAUGUUUGUCUAGUUAUUUUUAGCGCUAAUCUAAUUCCUUUGAUCAAGCUUCAAUGUAGCUGGUAGUUCAAAUAACUCGAUAUCACAUGGAUUAUGUUGACGUAGAAGAUGGUGGUUAGAGGUGAUUGACAGGAAACUUUGGACCUAGAUUUCGACCAGCGCUAAGGACUCGACGUACGCAACAUUGGUUACUAUUCAAUGAUCAGUCAGUCAUAAAAGAACACUUGAUGUAAUAAGCUAAUCAGUAUGUUUAUAUUUUUAAUAUAUAUCAAUAUUAAUAAUCAGACAGUACAACAGUUGGACACAUUUAAUACAUAAUGGCUACUUUGUCGACGUUCUUAAACUUUUCAAAAUGAUUAACUGACAAAAAGAUGUAAUUUCAUUAGACUUCACUGAAGUAACAUCGAUUAAAAACGUUCAAGGUAAAUUCAUGAGUUUAGGGAAAAAGUUGUCGAUUUUCUACUGUUAUAUGAUAAAUGGAUAUUUUUGAUUAAAUUCCCCAUAGUUACUGUUUGCAUUAUGUUAUACAAUCUUCAGUUAACUGAUUACCGUUUCAUCUCCCUUUAAGUUUUCUUUAAAAUGACCCUAAACACGUACAGUACUGAGAAUCGUUAUCACCUCAAUUUUCCAAUUUCUAUUUAAUAUUAUGUUAUAUUUCAAUAUGAAUACAGAUGGAAACAGCUGAUGAAUACCUACGAAACAACAUAAAAAUGAGUGCAUAUUAUUAUGCGUUAAUUGUUAUCCUUGCUUUAUUCAAACUAAUAAUAAAUGUGUUUAACUGGAUGAUAAAGUAUUUAUGACCAAGUAUUAAGGUACAGAAAUUAUCUAGCAACUAUAAUAUUCAUCAUUUGGUAGAAAAUAUGCUUUGUUUUUUGUAGUUAUUUUUAUCAAUCAGUACACCUGAUUUAUACUAAUCUAAUAGACAGUAUUGAAUGAAGUACAAUGGCUCAGUCAUCUGACUUUCAACCAUUAGACUGCAAACUCGAGUUUUGCUUUACCUACUUUAAUUUGGACAACUGGACAUCAUUAGCCAUACAAUUCCAAAUCGAGUAAGCCAGCCUGUACUUGAUAAGUUAUCUCACCAAUAAUUUCGACUAAUCGUACAGUGGUUACCUAAAAGAAUGUAUUACACUUAUAUUUUGUCCUGUAUAACUUAGAUGCUUUUUUAAAAAUCUUCAUACUUAUUCCUUACAAGUGAAUUUUCUCAUGUUUUCAUAAUUCACGAAGAGAAAGAAAAAAACCCAGAUCAUAAUGAGGAUGAAUGUACACCAAUAUCGAAGCAUCCACAUCGACCCCCAACCGAUUUGAACCGUAUUCGAAAUAUUCAUCUAAUUCAGAAUGGGUUCAUGUCACCGUACUUAGCAUCAGAUGAUAUGCUACGUGGAUUACCUCCUGUUGUUUUUGUCUGUUCACAAUUCGACCCAUUUUUGGAUGAUGGACUAGAGUUAGCUAAACGUCUUUCUAAACUUGAUGUCUCAGUAGAUGUACGUGUCUUAGACAAUUUACCUCAUGCAUUUCUUAAUUUUUGUCUAUUGGGUCCAGAAUUCCAAAUUGCUAAUAAGAUUUGUAUUGAGUUAGUAAAAAAUUUAUUUGAUGAAUAUUAUACAAAAAAUAAUGAAUAAUUUAUUACUAAAAUACUGAUUAUCUAUGCGCCUCAAUUUUUCUCCCUUAUUAUCAUACUACUUAGUACUUUUCAUAUUAAUAGUAGCUGUGAUAUCCAAUGUUAUCUCAUUUCAUUUUUUAUUCUCUUCCUUUUUCACAUCAAAUAAUCAUACAACUUUUAUUUACUCUUCAUCAUCAUCAUCAUCAAUUGGAUUGUCUAUUCUCAUUUUCAAUUUGUACAUUCGAUUCAUGUACAUACCCCAUAUACAACAAAAGUACAUCAACAACACCCAUGUUUAUUGUGUUCUUUCAUUUCUUUUUCUUUCUGACUUUAUCACUUCUGUAAUGCAAAUAAUUUCAGUUAUUUUGUAUGUAUGUAUGUUUGUGUACCUUUUACAGAUUCACUAUUAUAAUUAUCGUUAUUAUUUUGUUAAGUAAUUUAUCACCAGAUUACUUAUUUUUUGUUUUUAAACUUCAUCCUUAGUUAUUUUGUUGUUGUUUCUGUUUCUCUAGUUUAUUUCCUCUUUUAUCGUUUGUUUUCUCUUUGUUUUUUCUCUUUUGUAUGUAUAUUGUUAAUAUACAUUAUUAUUAUGUUAUUAUUACAAGUACUACUCAUCGCCUUUCAAACGUAGCUACGUUAUUCAAAUAUGUUUUUUUGCUUUACCCUUUUAUCUUAUUGUUGCAUAUUAUUUAUUUAUUUUGUUUGAACUAUUCUAAAUCAUGAUUUAAAAGUUGAAUAAAAGCGCUAGUUGAAGUUAGACAUUAACACCGUUGUUUGCCGCCCCAGUGGUCUAAUGGUUAAGCGCUCGUGCGCGAGACUGAUAGGUCCUGGGUUCGGAUCUCGCGGGGGGAAUCGUGGAUGCACACUGCUGAGGAGUCUUAUACUAGGACGAAACGGCCAUCCAGUGUUUUCAAGUUUUCCAUGGUGAUCUAGCUUCAAUUGACUCGUGAUUUCAACUAUUGAAAAGCGCUAACAUCAUUUAAUUGAGAGAAAAAAGAUCGUAUCAUAAUCUUUUAUAUUAUUGAAUAAAUUUAUUUCUUAUUUUGUUCUUUCGAUCAAUGUCUCAGAUUCAUUGUAAAUUAUCAUGAUCAUUGAAUGAUAGUUUUAUCUUUUGGAUUUUAUUUAAUCCUAAAUAAUAUGGAUCUUAUCCUUCAAUAUCCUAUACGCAAAUACUUUACAUGAUUAUAAGUUAUAUUGUUGCGCUAAAAUUGACAAUUCUUCCUACUUAUUGUAAUUUUAUUAAUUAAAUGAAAAUAUACUCUACAUUGAUUGUCAUCUUU